AUGCCCGCCACCAAAAAGGCGCGUGGUCGCCCUGCUGCGGCGAACAAGGUGACCAAGCCCGCCCAGAAGACAUCGGCACGUCGCACAAGCGGACGUCUCGCAGCUGCCAUCGAACAGUCCGAAGACCGGGCUGCGCUCACCGAGAAGUCGAGCAACCGGCAACCCAAGGCUCCAGCAAAAGGGCGCAAUGGCGCCGCCGCUAGCAAAGACGCCGCUCCCGAGGACGACGCUGCUCGAGAAACCCCACCGGCUGGCGAGGCCGUCAGAGCGAAGGCAGCACGCGGCCGGCCGAAGAAGGCGGCCCAGGAGGAAUUGGCCGAGGAGGACGCCGAGCCCGCGAGGCCGGUUGCCAAAAGAGGGCGGAAAAAGGCAGCGCCGGAGAGGGAGGAGGUCGAGAUCCCUGAGACCCAGCAACCGGACCCGGAAGCAGAGCUUUCAUCCAUGGAUCUGGAUCUCGAGGAGAGCGAGCAAGUCGAGGACCUACCCAUGCACGAUUCUCCGGAUGUUCCCCUUAGCUCUCGCCCGUCCAGCCACGUGCCCUUCAGCGCGACGCGCCGGCCUGCCUCUGGGUUGCCCUCGUUCGACGCCGGCGACCCGACGCUGAGGCGUCGCCUGGGCGAGCUGACCAAGAAGUACGAGACCUUGGAGGCGAGGUACCGGGAUCUGAGAGACGUGGCCGUCAGGGAGGCGGAGCGCAACUUCGACAGGCUCAAGAAGCAGUCGGAGGAGAGGGCUUCCACGGCGAACCAGCUCAUCGCCAGCCUGAAGGCCGAGCUCGCGGCCCAGAAGGAACUGGCGAAGGAGGGCCAAAAGUUCAAGAGCCAGCUGGAGACGAGCGAGUCGCGAGUCGACAGCCUGCAGACGAAAGUCACGGAGCUCACGGGUUCCCUCUCGGAAUCCAAGACCGAGAUCAAGUCACUCUCCAUGAAGCUGGCUGCGUCGAGGACGGCGGAAGCAACUGCCGCCGCCAGGACCCCGGGCAGCGCCAUCAAGGCCGGAAAUGGCGUCCGGCCCAACGAGGCGAUCCAUCAGGCCACCCAGAUGCAGAUGAAGGGGGAUCUGUAUGGCGACCUCACCGGCCUGAUCGUGAGGGCCGUCAAGAAGGAGGGCGGCGAGGACGUGUUUGAUUGCAUCCAGACGGGACGUAACGGGACACUGCACUUCAAGCUCGCCGUCGGUAGCGACGCGGCGGCGGAGAACUACGACGAGGCCCAGUACCUGUAUAUGCCGCAGCUCGACCCCGGCAGGGACAGAGAGCUCGUCCAGCUGCUGCCCAACUACCUGGUAGAGGAGAUCACCUUCCCCCGCGCGCACGCGGCAAAGUUCUACGCCCGCGUCAUCAAGUCGCUUUCUGAGCGUCCUGACGAGUGA